AGUUUAAGCCAUUCCCCGUUCAGCUGAAUGCGACCUCCAGAGUCACAGCGCGAGCGCCACUGACUGUUCAGGGCCGCCACUGGGCACCUGUUGCCAAGGAAACUGAAAGAGGCGGAAAUUACCAGUUAAUGACGUAAAAAGCUGUUAAGGACAGUCAGUCAUGUCGUCUACUGUGCUGGUCAACCUUCUACGCUGUGGCCACUUCUCCAUGGCCAGACGAACCCUCCUCGCUGUACAGUCCUCUCUGGAAGCCUCCACACAGUCAGGGCAGGUUGGUGGACCGUUGUUGGGGUUGGUGGGUGUACGACGGGCCAGCGGGUCGGUCAGGUUUGACAGUGACGGCAGUGGCCAGCCGGUGACAUGGGACUCAUUUGGUAUUUGGGACAACCGGAUAGAAGAACCCAUAUUACUGCCUUCUAGUAUCCGUUACGGAAAACCCAUUCCACAGAUCAGUCUGUCCCGGGUUGGCAGUGCAUCUGUUUUGGGUCUUCGGAAGCAGAAUGAGGACCGACUCCGUAUCGCCCGUAUCCAUGACAACCUGUUGUACUUUGCCGUGUUUGAUGGCCAUGGUGGGCCACAUGCUGCCGACUACUGCUGCACCUUCAUGGAGAAAUGUAUCAGAGACGCUUUGGAGGAGGAGGAUGAUCUUGAGAAAGUUUUAAACAAAGCUUUCUUAGAUGCUGAUAAAGCUCUACACACACAUCUGAGCUACUUCAACAACACCUCAUUACUAAGGUCAGGUACAACAGCAACAGUUGCUCUGCUACAAGGUGGCAUUGAGCUGGUGGUUGGCAGCGUCGGUGACAGUCGGGCGAUGCUGUGCAGGAAGGGACAUGCCAACAAGCUCACCAAAGACCAUACACCAGACCGCAAAGACGAGAGAAAACGGAUCCAGAGGUUUGGUGGUUUCCUGUCAUGGAACAGUGUUGGUCAGGCAAAUGUUAACGGGCGGCUCGCCAUGACGCGCAGCAUUGGGGACUUCCACCUGAAAUCCAGUGGUGUCAUUGCAGAGCCGGAAACACAUCGACUCUCUGUCCAACAUGCCAACGACUCCUUCCUGGCUUUGACCACAGAUGGCAUCAACUUCUUAUUGAGUGACCAGGAGAUCUGUGAUGUCAUCAACCAGUGCCAAGACCCCACCGAAGCAGCAGAGGUCAUCUCUCAGCAGGCCCUGCAGUAUGGCUCAGAGGACAAUGCAACCAUCGUCAUCAUCCCGUUUGGAGCCUGGGGGAAACAUAAAAGUUCCACCACCAACUACAGCAUGAGCAGGAACUUCGCUUCAAGUGGCAGAUGGUCGUAGACAAAAACAUACAUGAAACAUGACAGAGCUGAGACUAUUAUCCUAAUUUGACUUUAAGUAACCCAGAGUACCUUAAAUUAUGUAUAACACCGCUCAUGAAUGCAUCCAAACUAACUGGUGCCCACCAGCGGUCAUCAUGCUUGUUCCCAGCUAAGUAGUCAACCCUGUAAAUAGAGUGUAAAAUAAUAAAAGUUGUACAUAUAGAGAGAUUUACUGCCGUGUUUGUCCCGUACAUCAGCUUUCUCUUAUCAUAUAAUUUGCAUUUAGAGAAAACAUUUUAGUAUAUUUAAUGCAUUUCCUUCUAAGUGACAGCAGGCAUGCUGUCACUGUCAUUCUGUUCAUUUUAAAUGAAACCUCCAGAAUAGCAGAAAUGUGUAAAAUUAUAAAGAGGAAAGGAAAUGUUUCAGCCUCUCACAAAUAAAGAAAUAGUAAUGAAAGCAGAUUGUUUUUGUCGCCAACAAACCUUUUGUUGAAAUGAUGAAAUACAAUUAGAUGUUUGACUCGAUGUAUUGAUGUCCACCUUCAGACUUUGACUCCUAACCUUUGACGCUGUAAAAUAAUAAAGUUUAACAAGUUAAACAGA